AUCAAAGGUACACGUUGUUUGUCCUGAGAUGGUGUAGAUAGCGGAAAAGGAAGUGGAUAGAACAAGCAGUGUUCAAUUGUGAAGGUGCUACCUGCGAAGCUGUGCAUGUUAGGAGGAGAAGUUUACCGCCAUGCAGCAAUCCAUCAAAACUGCCAAGAUUAAUCUGUGUCAGGUUAUUGUAUCAGUUCUACUAUUGUCAAGUUGCAGUCUAGUCCUGAUAGACCUGUUCCGAGCAUUAGCCACCAGUUCAUUCUGUACUCCAUGGGAAGACUCCAUUUCUUUAACCGACAACGGCAGUGAUCCCUGCAAGAAGAAGCAACUGGAUAUUAGUACCAAACAGAAUCCUCAUGAUUUCUUUCAAUUUUUCACGAAGGUUGCUGCGCUUUUGGUCAAUCUACUAGCCGCGUUGUCGUGUAUUUUGGCCGAGUUCUGUGCAUCGAAGAAGAAGGGGGGAAGUGAGUCUCGAGGGGGGAAGUGGCGAAUACCAUUUCCCCGAUACAGUACACAUAUUAAAAUAUCUUCGCUGCAUGCACAAAUGGAAUUUGCCAGUUUUUUGUUCACAAUUUCUGCAUCAUUUGGAUCAUUGAUAGUGGUGAUUAUAACGAUGCUAAAGUACAGUAGACCAGUUGGGCCAAAGGUAGAUUCUAAGCGAUUAAUAGUAGAAAAUGUUACCUUAACUUGGUUGGAUACCGGAUUGUGUGAGGAUCCCCAGUGGAGGGAAGUGUGCAAUCCGAUUAUGCAGCUUUUUUGUGACAUCAUACUCUUGGCGCACAUUACAAAUUUCCGGGAAGCGUGUUACAGAAAACAAGUGCAGCUUCAGGCCCGUUAUCAAGUUAUGUUAUCCCGUUCUGCUAGUUUUCAAUCUCAUGUUAGUCCAAAAAGUCGAGACAUCCAAUUUUGUGUCAGUUUGACCCGUAUCAUUUUAGUAUUUUCUUCCGCUGUGAUAACAUCUGGUGGAUUGGUCAUUAUCAGUUGCGUCCUUAAAUGGCUUUCCAUCAGUAUGCUUCAAGAACUAUCUGACAGUUCCGUGACCAAUGUACACAUCGUGGAUGCGUUUUGCUUUGUGACUGGAAGUAUAUCACUUUGUGCUGGCUUACAAUGUGUUGCUGCGAUACACUGUUGUACAAUGCCAUUGGAAUUACUCCCAAAUAAAUCACAGGCAUCGCAUGCACAUCUAGAAAGAAAGAUCAUCAAUCUGCCCUCAUAUCUUCUAGCCUUUAUGCUUAUUUUCCUAACAAUACCGUGUAAUGUUGGUAUCUGUAUUUUUCUGAAUAUCGAUCCCAGACUUUCUAACCUUGGGAUAGGUGACGAUGUGGUUGGUGCAUUCUCCACCAAACUUCCUGGGUUGGCUUUCACUCUGAUCAAGUUUGCAAGUCAAUCUGCGUUUGUUGUUGCAACUGUUUUGCUUGCAUCUCUGUUACUUGACUUCUGUGUCAGAAUGGAAUUUUUAAGCAGCAUGGAGCCUGUUUUGACCAUCCGCCCUGAGACCUUCAGUGGAAACGACUAUCCAAAUAUCACUGAGUUGAAAAAUUUCCCACUAUUGAAUGGAUCCCAAAGACUUGAGUGUCAGCAGCCCGACAUGCAAAAUGAAACACAACACAAGCCAUUUGACUGUGGUUUGUUUACUUGUCAACGCCAAGUGCCAGCUGAUCGCGAAGGGGUCGAUUUAAAAUACGGAUGUGGCUACGUAUGGAGUUCCAAACACGGCCAAGGCCAAAAACAAACUUUCACUUCUACUUCCACGGAUUGUAAUAAUCUUAACUCCGAAUAUGUGCCUUUCAGGUUUUACUCCGAAUAUUUGACUUCUAAACAAUUAGGCCUACAUGCCUCAUUGGGUGAAGUAACGGCAACCCAAAACCGACUAGUCUAUGCGUGUGCUUGUUCUCUAGUAGAGAAUGGAACCGAAAUGCAAGACAGAAUCACAUGUACUGGUACGGAUACCAUCAAUCGGACGCUUUCGCAACAGUUUUGUGAUCGGGACAGAUACACUUAUUUGAGUUAUAACCUUGCACGGCCUAAUGGAAAAGUGUCAGUCAGUUACAUGGAGCCGUUGGACGGCUGCAUACAGCCACACCGUGGGGUACUUCUCGGAUGUUAUUAUCCUGAAGCUGGAGAUAAUGACAUGAUCACCUCUGUGUGA